CAGAUGAAUCAUAUGGUCUGAAGUAAAUAAAACUAAAUUCUAAUAAAAGCAGAAUUUAAAAAUAGAGUAACAAUUUUAUAGGCACUACAGGACUAAACUCAUUAUUUGUCUAAUAAAUAUUCUUGCCAAUGUGAAAAAGUCAAAAAAUUAAUAAGAAAACAUGUUGAGCAUCCACAAUGCUUUAUUAGUAACAACUAUCCUGCUAAUAACCCAAAAAGUAAUAUGUAGUGACAGUGAUAUCACCCACUCAGUAUUUGGGGGCUUCACUAAUGGGAUGCCUGCAGCUUUUGGGGACUUCAAUUCAGACGAACUUACUGAUGUGUUUGUCCUUUUAGAUAACAAUACAUCAGUUGAAAUACUGUUGGCACAAGAAGAAGAACCUUUGUUAAGGCCUGCAAAGAAACGAUUGAGAUGCUCUUUUAGCAAACCUAUAACCAGUGUUGUACCAGGGGAUUUUGAUGGAGAUGCCCUUAUGGAUGUUAUGGUUACAACAAUAGCUAAAAGAACUGAUAAAUCGGAGAAUGAAGUUCCCUUAACACAUGUUUAUAUUCUCUGGGGUGGUGCAAAUCAUUUGAAUUGUACAUUGGAUGAAAGAAAACCCAUUAUUCAAAUGAUUGGGCAGCCUUUAGCAAUGGAUUAUAACCAAGACAUGAUAAUAGAUCUGUUUGGACAAGAUAAGGAAAAACAUAGGAUAUUUUGGAUAUUUAAUAAGGACAGGAGUCCACCUACGGAAAAGCAUAUGGAUGAUAAUAAAAGUAGAGAGGAGUUGAGUAGACCACAUGCUCAUGCCUUUUUAGACUUAAAUCGCGAUCAUGAUUAUAUGGCCGACCUCUUCAUAACCACCCCCAGCCAGUUUGAAGUGUGGUACGGGCGCGAAAACGAGCCAAAGUUCCACCUGGAGAAGACGAUUCCCCACCCGAAGCACCAAAUAUUGGGCCAAUCAUUAUUCAUUGACCUGGAGCUGAAGGGAACCGUCGAUUUGGUUACUCCUGUUUGUACUAGCGGGAGCAAAGACAAUUGCCAGGGUGCUGCUCUUAUGGUUUAUUCCGAAAAUCAGUGGAUAGAUUUACAAGUGAACUUCAAAGAUGAUGCUGGCAAUUUAUGGAGAUUCCACUAUAAACCAGGUAGCAGGUAUACGAAUGUAAUAACCCUGAGGAGCGGAGACUUUAAUUUGGACGGAUAUCCGGACAUUUUGGCCACUUUGGCACGCGAAGGUGACGAUCAUCCGCAAUCGUUUUUACUUGAAAACGUGCCCUGUCAAACUGGAUGUGGGAAAUUUAAAAGAACAUACGAAAUCAAAUGGUUUGCCCUGAGUCCGUUCAGAAAUGGCACCGUGAUGGCCACCUUCUUUGAUUUCUAUCAAGAUGGUAUCCUCGAUUGCAUCUUGGUCACUUAUAACGGAAAAGAGUACCAAGUGGCAGCAUUUAAGAAUAGCCUGGACUAUGACGCCAACUUCGUAAAGGUGAUGGUACUCACCGGUUUGACGAAUAAGAACAGUCAAAUGAUCAGCGGAAGGGUUGGAAAGAAGAGGAGGACUUACGGCACAAAUUUACCUGGUCCACUAAUUUCGUACAAAACUACGACACAAGAAGGCAAACUAAGACAGGGCGCUUCGCCCCAGAUGCCUCAAUCGGCCCAUUUCAGCCUCAACUUACCCUACACCAUUUUCGGUUUGGGACGCACCCCGAACUUCGUCGAUUCCGUCACUGUUGGCCUCUCCAAUUAUUCGAAGGUUUGGCCUCAGAUUAUACCCAACUCUCAAAUGGUGGUUAUUCCAUGGCCAGUGACUGAACCAUGGAAGUGGAAGGCGCAGCUGUUCGUAACACCGUCAAAGUUAAUUUUAAUGUCAGUGGCGGCGUUGACAGCUAUUUGUGGCAUUAUUACUGUAAUCAUUGGCGUGCUGCAUUGGAAGGAGCGCCAGGAGGAUAAGAAAGAACGCCUGAGCGAGAGUCAUCGGUUUCAUUUCGAUGCUAUGUAAUUUUUAUUUAUGUGAUAUAAAUUAAAUUAUUGUUGUGAUAAUUUUUAGUUGUAAAGGACAUACUAACUGCUUGUGCUAGAACAGAAUCUUAUUAAUAAUUUUAAAAAUAAUAUAUCAUUAAAGAUAUUAAAAAUA